GAAGAACCAGCUUUUCUGCAGAACGCUGACAGACCAACCAAGCAAAACACUGAAGUGAUAAACUGCGCUGAGGAGACUUUACUAGACUAUUUGAAAGUGUUCUGGCACGCUGCAGUUUCUUAUAUUUGGACAUAGUUUAACUAACAGACACAAUGAUGAUGGAUCUUGAGAGUCUGCCCUUACCACAGGAGAUGGUGUCGAGGAGGAACGCCAGCUCCUCAAAGUCAGGAGUCUGGCGGGUGUGUGGGGUCCUGCUGGCUGUGGCACUGUGUGCUGCCACUGCUGUCUGCUUCACGCUCAACAGGAACAAUCAGGAAGGUGGAAAUGAGCAAAGGCUCACAUUAAGAGACAAUCUUUCAAAAGAAAAUGUCACUUCCAAGGUUGCCAUCCAUUUAUCAGGUGCAUAUGACCCUAACGUGUCUAAGAACAACCUAGAUUGGAAACUGAACCAGGAUGGGGCUUUUGUUUCAGGUGGCUUGAAAUUAGUGGACAGAGAGAUCAUCAUUCCUAACGACGGCAUUUACUUCAUCUACAGCCAGGUGUCUUUCCACAUCAGCUGCAAGAAUGACAUGACUGAGGACCAGGAAGUCAUGCAUGUGAGCCAUGCAGUGCUCCACUACUCUGAUUUCUUCGGCAGCUACAAGCCGCUUUUCAGCGCAGUCCGCUCCGCCUGUGUGCGUUCUAACACUGAAGAUCUGUGGUACGACACCAUUUACCUCGGUGCGGCCUUCAGCCUGCGAGCUGGAGACAGACUGCGCACCGAAACCACCACAGAACUCCUGCCCCACGUCGAAACCGAUAACGGAAAGACUUUCUUUGGGGUGUUUGCUUUAUGAUAUGCACUCUAAAAAUGCGUAAAAAUAGGACACAAUCCACUGUACCUAUUUUUACAGGUGUUUUACCUGUAUUUUGCACUGCAUUGCGUUGUGUUUUAGACUUGUAUGUAAAAUGUACGGAUAAUAUCCAUAUAAAUGGAUAAUUCACUAAUGACAUAACUCUAUUUUAUUGUGGCAGUGCUUAAUACUCUGCAGUCUUAAUACUCUGGUUCCUGUUAGCUCUUACUUUUCAGAAACUCCAACUUCCUGUUUCAUUUCUUUGCAUGGUACGUCUCUGUAUUUUUUUCUGUGUAAGCAAUAUUUGUAUAGUUCGCUCACUGACUCUGCUCCUCCACAGUGUUUCUUGUUUAAAGCCUGUUUCAUAUAUUCAACUGCAGGACUGUCUUGUUGCGGUGGUUGUCAGAUAUUCUUUGAAUAAAGCAACAAAUGAGUAAAUAAAAAACA